CGUUCGUCCCUCGCCGCCAUUUUGAGAUCAGCGCGUUGUUAUAACUGUCCUCUGAACACCAGCUCGCCAUUUUUCAAACAUGAGUGACCAGCUUUGUAAACUUUUCGUCGGCGGUCUAAACGUAGACACCGAUGACGAUGGCCUGCGCAAGUAUUUCGAGCAGUAUGGUACGCUCACCGACUGUGUUGUCGUCGUGAACAAGCAGCUGCAGCGGUCCCGCUGUUUCGGCUUUGUAACAUACUCCACGCCGGAGGAGGCCGACGCAGCAAUGGCGGCUAGGCCUCACACCGUCGACGGCAACGCUGUCGAGGUGAAGCGAGCCGUGGCGAGAGAAGACGCCAACAAACCGGAGGCCCUCGCAAAGGUGAAGAAAAUCUUUGUUGGUGGCCUGAAAGACGACAUCGAGGAGGAACAUCUGACCGAAUACUUCUCUCAGUACGGCCAAAUCGAGAAGGCCGAAGUCAUCUCUGAGAAGGAGACCGGAAAGAAGAGGGGGUUCGGCUUUGUGUACUUCACCGAUCACGACGCCGCCGACAAGGCGGUUGUGGUGAAAUUUCACACCGUCAAUGGACACAAAGUUGAGGUAAAGAAAGCUCUGACCAAACAGGAGAUGCAGGCAGCCAACAGAAACGCCAUGGCGCCGAGAGGCAGACCCGGUAGAGGCAUGAGAGGAAAUCAAAAUGGCUACGGCAGCAGGGAUUAUGGCGGAAACUACAACUACGGAAAUGGCGGAGGCUACAACUGUGGUGGCUACGGAGGGUAUGGAGGACCCUAUGGGGGUGGAUAUGGAGACCAGGGAAGUGGCUAUGGUGGUGGAAACGGCUACAAUGAGUUUGGCAGCGGCUACGGCCAGCAUUCUUCUGGCUACGGCCCCAUGAAGGGACCACCUUUCGGCGGCCAGAGGAGCGCUGCUCCCUACACCAGAGGAGGCGGCGGUGGCGGCUACCCCAGGGGAGGCUAUGGCGGCGGCUAUUAAGUGAAACACAAUGCACAAUGAAAAGCGACCACCCCACCCCCUGCCACAAAUACUCCAAGCCAGGAUUUGGACGUCAAUACUCAAAGUCAGUAACUGGGCGUCUGCCGUGAUACCCAACCAUGGCAGAGAUACGGACACAGAGACCCCCUAUUCAUAAUGAAGACCUCAAAAACCCAAACAGGUAGGAAGGUCACUUCCCAGAACACCUGAUAAUAACGAGCAGCGGUUGUUGCCUUCAACUAGGACACGUUACAAUGAAGAAUAAAGCAUACAAUGAUCCCUUUUUUAUGUACCCACGCCACCGGCGUGUAGUUGUGGUUUAGAGUUGAAUUAUUUUUUAUUUGCGUUCACUCGUUGUUUUGACAUUUUCGAUGUAGGAUUGUUUUGCUGACAAGUUCUGAUUAUUUUUAAUAUUUGCAUUUUAAGCAAUUAGAUUCGACUUUUGUUUUGUGGAGUGAACUUGGUACCAUUUCUAUGUAUGAGGAUGAAAAAGCAUGUUCUGUGGAUUUCAUAGCUCUGUCAAUACUGAUAACAUCAAUUUUGUAUAAUUACUUACUUGGGUCAUUCAGCAAAGGCAGGAACUUGACACUGCAGGAUCCAGUUUCCCUGUUUCCUUCCCCAUACUGUACUCAAACUCCUCCUCUCACUUAGUAAUAGUUUCAGUCUAAAUAUUGUUCAUUUCCAUUACCUGUAGUAAAAUCUUAUGUAUAUUGUAUACUUUCAUGUCUGGAGAACAAAACCUACUGUUAAAACACUUUGAUAUGCUUAUGUAUGUUCAUUUUAAAUAAAACGUUAUACCACUUA